CGGGAACGGGAGUUAAUUAUUAGGUUAGAGAGUAUGCGCUUCCCAGACCGUGUUCUGUCUUACUGUUUAGCCUGUCCUAAAGUCUAGCCCGGAGCUAUUUACUGUUUACUUCUCAUCUUUUCCGUCGUCCGUUUGCCGAGCUGUUCUGACGAAGAAAAAAAAAAGAAGUUGCGAAUAACCGAAGGUCACGCUAGAUAGUAACAAACACACGAACCCCGGCUGUGGAAAACAUCAAUUGGAAUUCAAAGAGGGCGGUCCAAAAACCAGGAAUGAGACAAGAGCACGAAGCGAAUGAUAAGCCCGCAGCACGACCAAAUAUCUGUUGGUAAACAGAAAAGUUGCCUCUGGGCAUCAGGCAGCAGAGCAUACUGCUCGGAAUUUUGCUGCUAUGAGCAGGUCAAUGGAAGUUGACUUGCGUAUUAGUAACCCUGCACAUACACUCCAAAGAAUCAGAGCAAUGGAAUCCUCAUCCCAACAUACUAAAUCAAACACAACGACAGAAAGCAGCACACCAAAUCCCCUACAGAUCAAAACGGCUAGUCCUGCGAUUUUGGCAAGUUUAACCGCCGGAGCCAUGGCGGGUGCCCUUGCAAAGACGGUGAUUGCUCCACUAGAUAGAACAAAAAUUAUUUUUCAGGUGACAAAGAUGUCAUUCAGCGCCCGAGGGGCACUUCACUUCUUAGUAAAAAGCUACAAGGAAGCCGGUUUGCUUAGCUUAUGGCGAGGAAAUUCGGCAACCAUGGCCCGAAUCGUUCCGUACGCCGCCAUCCAAUUCACGGCGCACGAACAGUGGAAACAUUUUUUACAAACAGAUAGACCAGACUCGUCAUCGACGGGGAUGCGAUUUUUGGCUGGCUCUCUGGCCGGAGUAACGGCCCAGUCCAUCACAUAUCCGCUAGAUUUAGCGCGAGCCAGAAUGGCUGUGACUCACCGUGACAUGUACGGUUCCAUCGUCCAGGUCUUCGUCAAAAUGUGGCGUGCUGAAAGACCCAAAGCCUUUUAUAAAGGAUUCACUCCCACCAUGCUGGGAGUGGUCCCUUACGCCGGUGUCAGUUUCUGUACCUUCGAAACUUUAAAACACAAACAUAAAGAAAUGACGGGAAAAUCAGCCCCCAAUCCCCUCGAGAGAUUGCUCUUUGGGGCGCUAGCUGGCCUUCUCGGACAGACAGCUUCCUAUCCACUGGAUAUCGUCAGAAGGCGGAUGCAAACGUCAGGUCUCAACGGCUGCAAUUAUCCGUACGACACCAUUCGAGGAACCAUUCACUACGUCUACAGGACGGAAGGGAUCAUCGGUGGCCUUUACAAGGGCUUGUCCAUGAACUGGAUCAAAGGUCCGAUCGCCGUCGGUAUCAGUUUCGCCACGUUCGACAUUUGUCAAAACGCUUUGAAGGAAUUGCCCGUCUUCCGAUCAGCUCACUAAAAACGGAAAAACAUGUAAAAACAUCCUGUUACAUUGUCAACGUCCAGCCAUUAUCUCUCGCCUUGGAAAACGCUUAAUUUUUGUUAAAUUGUAAAAUACUUGUUUGUUUUUUUCCUCUUGUCAGGACUCGUAGGUAAUUCAUUUAAGGGGGGUGUGGCAAUCUCUUAAAAAGUUUUCUAUAAGUUUUUGAUGCAUAGCGAAUUUAUAUUUAUGCGGCGCAGUCACCGAAAAACAAUUCAAAGCCCAAAAUUUGAAGAGAAAAAAACGGAAGAAAUUUUAUUUGGCAGAUCUGCUUCAUUACAUAUCUAUCAAAAGUCCAUAAUUCUAGGUGUGGGGGAAUUUAAUUAUAUACAUAGUCGCACAUAAAUUCCUAUCUUUAGGUUUUUUUUUUUUUUUUUUUGGUUUCCGUUUGUUCGUGUCGAUUCAAGGCGCCAUAGAAAAUUACAAUUUUUAGUCUUGGACGUUGUGAGUCGUGCCAAUUUUCAAAAAAGCUCCACCCACCCAGCACGAUAAUGAUGUAUGAUAUUACAUGCCUUUAACGAGCUGAUUGCAUAUUUCUUAGUCGUCCGCUUGUAGAGAAAUCAUUUCUCGGUUGCCUUUAUGAUGGGUUGACUUAGAAUUCCUUCUUCCGUGUUAGCGGCCUAAACAUAUUUUCACCCCUUUCUACUGUGGGUUCCAGCUUUUCUCUCUACUCUCUUCUCUACCAAGAAAAAACAAACAAAUCCCGGUCGAUAUCAAUCGUAGACUUUAGUUUCAAAAGUUCCGUGUAUUUUUUUUUUCCUAAUUGUUCGACGGAUUCCUUUUUUUUCCGUCGAAAUCAGCUGGUCGUCGUCUAACGAUCUGUAGCCUCCGAUUUCAAACAUCGCUCAACUUGAAAAGAAAUGCAAAACAGUUUCGUUGAUUGUAUAGUACAAUUUACAUAUAACAAAAUUUUAAGCGUUUGAUGCAUACACACACACACGUACCACAUCACUGUAACAAAAAACGAAAAAAGUGUGGUUUUUAAAAAAUAGCGCUUCCUUAUAAAAUUAUUAUUAUGAUUUUAUUUGAUUCAUGUAGCCUCUCUCCCCAGUAGUAAUUUUGGUAAUUAAUGUUGAACACAAAACACACACACACAUGUGCAUUGGUGAUAAAAAUGUUUGUCAAAUUUUUUUGAAAUUUAAUUUAAUGGGAAAAAAUUUUAAAAACAGACUUUUUGACAGAUUUUAGACGACCGUGAUAUCGUGUAAUUAAAAUGCAGAGUGAGAGAGUUGUGAGAUUGAAAAAGAAUAAAGAAAUAAGUGCUGUUGAGAAUCUUUUCAA